AUGCCGCUACUGUACUGUAGUACUGCACAAUACUGUACAUUCACCGCACGGUACGCCAUCCUACAGCAUCUACAACUCAUCCUUCACCGCCUCACCAACACUGCAUCUUCCUUCCGCCUUGCACUUACCCACAGCCCCGAUUUUCGUCCCGUCAAAAACUUUGCGCCCGUCAUUCCACCCCUCCGUAUCGUACUUGUCCUUCCAAUCCGGCAUCCAGUAAUACCUCAGCGCAACAUGCCGAUACCUGGACGGAUACGACAUCGCCCCGAGCGGCUCAGCGAGCUUGACUCGUCUCUCGUCCUCCGGCGGACACUCAGAGUCCCGUCCCUUCGUCACGCAAACUCCCGAGUAAGCACUGAGCAGGUACCUCCCCCUCAGAAACGCCUCCACAUCCUCCUGCUCCUCCGCCAUGCUCAACACAUCGAACUGAUGCGCGAGCGCGAUCGCGCCCUCCGUCGUCGCCUCGUACAGCUUCCCGGCCAUGUGCACCAGAAAGUCCCCCGCGCGAAACUCCUCCACGUACACGUUGAUCGCGCUCUUCGGCACGUACUUGACGUGCUCCUUGCUCCCCUUCUCCGCGUCGAAAAAGUGCUGCAGCGCGCUCUGAUCCAGCGCCCUCGCCUUGUCGAACUCCUUCGCCGCGUACACGCGCUCCAGAAACCCGCGCGUCCAUUCGCUACACUUGAGCAGCAUGACGCCGGCGUUGAUCAUGAGCCAGUCCACGGACACGAGAAUGUCGUACCGGUCGUCGAUCACGCUCUCCAAGCUCACACUCUGGUUGACCACGAGCGCGUCCGCGUCGGACCACAGCAUCCAGUAGCCGUCCCUGCCGACGCACGCGGCCAUCGCGAGCUUGAUCUUGCCGAACGUCGCCGCGCGCUUGUCGAUGGCGAACCCGUCGUUCGCCGCGCGGAAGCACAUGCCAUCCCGCUCCACCGCCUGCGCUUCGCCGUCGCUGGACCCGUUGCACGGCGGCGACAGCGACGCCACCCGCUCCCACAGACCAGUCGUCCCCGCCGGCGUGUGCGACACCAUCUCGUACCCCUGCCGCGCCGCGUACCGCAUCUUGUUGGCCUGCGUGAUCGACCCCAGCCGCGUGAAGAACGGGGCGCCGUCGUGCAUGUGCAGAAGGGCGAUUCGCCGCGCAGAGUGCGCCGCGGGGGCCGCCGCGGGGGCCGCCGUGGUCGCCGCUUGGCUCAGGUGAAGCGCAAAGAGGAGGCACGCGGCGGCUGA